AGCCAUGGCGGUGCGAGUUUCUUUAUGGAACGUCGUCGGGCCACCGGGGAGCCGGGGUCUCCGCUGCCCCCCGCUUCCGGGCAGGACGGGAAGCCACGCUCCGACCCCACAACUCCCGGUGCCGGGGACCCCGAGGAGGUGUCGGAGGCGGCGCAAUCUCCCCCGUUGCAGAGCUACUCGGUGCUGCAGGGGCUGGUGGGGCCGGCCUGCAUCUUCCUGCGGCAGAGCAUCGCCGUCACCCAGCGGGACCGAGAGCUGCGGCCUGAAGAGAUCGAAGAGCUGAAGCAGGCUUUCCGGGAGUUCGACAAGGAUCACGAUGGCUACAUCAGCUACAAGGACCUGGGCGAGUGCAUGCGGACCAUGGGCUACAUGCCCACUGAGAUGGAGCUCAUCGAGCUGUCCCAGCAGAUCACUGGAGGAAAAGUGGAUUUUGAUGACUUCGUGGAGCUGAUGGGCCCCAAGAUGCUGGCGGAGACGGCGGAUAUGAUCGGGAUCAAGGAGCUGCGUGAUGCCUUCCGUGAGUUCGACACCAACGGCGACGGGCAGAUCAGCAUGGCAGAGCUGCGGGAGGCCAUGCGCAAGCUGCUGGGGCAGCAGCUCAACUACCGUGAGGUGGACGAGAUCCUCAAGGACGUGGAUCUCAAUGGGGAUGGGCUGGUGGACUUCGAAGAGUUUGUGCGGAUGAUGUCGCGCUGAGGGCGGCGUGUGCCAACACGGGACCCCACCGUGCCUUAUGAAGAGGAGCGGGCCAUGGAGAUGCCCGGUGCUGGCUGGGGCUGUGCCGGUGCCGGCGCCCAAGCCUGGGGCAAAGCCCUCACUGACGGUGCUCAGCCUCACCCUCGGCUUCGUGCCGAGGUCCCACCGUGGUGUGGGGCACCGAUGAUGCCACCAGGCUGGGCUUUGGCUACUCUCGCUCUCGGUUCUGCUCUUUCCUGCACCCCCCAGUGUCCCCAUUCCCACCUCGAGCUCAUCCCAACAGUCAAACAUGCCCCAGCCCUCCCGGCUCAUCCCUCCAGCCUCCCCCUGACCCCCAUGUUCAAUCCUGUCCCCACACGCUGUGAUUUCGGGUGUAUCCCGCUGCCUGUCCCCCAUUACCUACCCCAGAUGUGCCCGGGAUCAGGCAUCCCGCUGCUUCCCGGACUGGUGUGGAUCGUCCUCGGGGCUAAAACCAGGACACCCUUGAGGGAAGAAGCCGGGAAUAAAGCAUUCCAGUUCCACCGUGUGACGGGGAGCGGCCCGUGGCAGCAGGAUCCUGCCCUGGGAGCACUUUGGGGUGAAAUUUGCCCUUUUGAAAUGAAAGAAAACGACCUCUA